AUGUUUGCAACAAAUCAUACAAUGUUUUUUUCAUCUCCAUUUGAAUAUCUAUUUUCAAAUUCAUCUCAAUUAUUAUCAUCAUCAUCAUCAUCUCCAUCACCAAUGUUUAUUUCAAUAUUUCUUGGAAUUAUUCUUUUUACAAUAACUAUUUGGACAAUAUUGGGAAAUAUUUUAGUUAUACUUGCAUUUGUUAUUAAUAAACAAAUUCGACAAGGUGGAAUGUCAAAUUAUUUAAUUAUUAAUUUAGCUAUUAGUGAUCUUUUAUUGGGUAUUGCUGUUUUACCAUUUUCAGCUUCAUAUUCAACAUUUGGUAUUUGGUAUUUUGGAAAAUAUCUUUGUGAAUUUUGGUUAGCAAUUGAUGUCGUUUGUUCAACAGCAUCGAUUUGGGGUUUAUUAAUGAUUGCAUUCGAUCGAUAUAUCGCAACAAAUUAUCCGAUUCGUUAUCGUCAUCAUCGACAUUCAAUACGACUAGCGUUAAGUUAUAUAUGCGUUGCGUGGUUUGUAUCAAUCGCAAUAUGUUUAUUACCAACAUUAUUUUUUGAAAAAAAAGUUGCAAUUUAUUCCGAAAUAAAAAAUGAAACAAUUUAUAUUUUACCAACAAAAUAUACAUCAUCUAAUCGUCAAUGUGAAUUAUACAAAGAUUUAAAUUUUGUUGUUACGAGUUCAUUACUAUCGUUUUAUUUUCCAUUAAUAAUAAUGAUAUUUCUAUAUGUUAAAGUAUUAUAUGCAAUCCGACAACAAUCAUUAAAAAUGAAUAAAAAAUCGACAACAACAAAUGCUCUCAUUAAUAAAAAUAAUAGAACAACAACAUCGGAUCCAACUGAGAAAAUAAGAGAUUCUUCAACUUGUUAUCGUGAACCGUCCAAAAAAUUUUGUUGUUUUAAUUCAACAGAUAAUCGAAUAAAUGAAAAUAUAUCGGAUCGUGAUCAAUCAACAAGUUGUUGUUCUUAUUCAAAAUUGUUUGGUAAAAAACAACGACGAUCAAAUGAUUUUUCUCAAAGUUCAUUAAUGAAUGAAGAUAUCCAACAUAACGAUCAACAACAAUUAGGACGUCGAGAAAUAACAGCUGAAGCUCGUGUUACACGUUCAUUAGCUGUUGUUAUUGGUUGUUUUAUAUGCUGUUGGUUACCAUUCUUUACAUUAUAUAUUAUACGAGCUGUUUGUCUUUGUUUAAGUUUUAAUGCAAUCGAAUUUUUCGUUUGGUUAGGAUAUUCAAAUUCAUCAAUUAAUCCCGUACUUUAUGCUAUACUCAACAAAAAUUUUCGUUUAGCUUUCAAGAACAUUUUUAUGUCGGUAAAAAAACUUGUUUUUCUAUAA